CUUCGAAACGCUCGCCGAGUGUCCACCAUGGGCAACAGGAGCAGCAGCUCAGGCGGCGGUCCAGCCACUGUGACGUCAGCAGGCUCCGAGACCGAGAUCAAGCUGGUGAGCGACAUCACCAGCGAGAGAGUCCGCAGAGGAUUCAGACAACACUGCAACCGGGACGGCAAACUCGACAAGCCCACCUUCAACGCAGCACUGUCCAUCCUGGUGGGCGGAUGGGUGCAUCCUCCCAUCACACACGAACGAGAUCUCUCUCUUGCCUUUUGAAUGUUUGUGCAUCAGGAAGAUCUGGGUCUGCGGCGGUUGCGUGAGACUCCCUUGGGCGAGCGGCUGUUCAGCCUGUUCGACAGGGAUGCAAGUUCUGCGGUGGAUGAAGAAGAGUUCGUCAAAGGCGUGUCCAUCCUGACAAGCGACAGCCAACCGCAGAAGAUUGACCGUAGGCAGCCACUGCACAGACGGAGUUGAUUGAGGCACAGAGUGUCGUCUGUUGUGUGUGCAUGGUAUUGUGUCAGUGACGUUCCAGGCGUAUGACACGCGCAAGGACGGGCGGAUAUCGAAGGCCGAUCUGGUGGACAUCCUGCAGGCAAGCUGGCUGGCGGCCUUCAGGUGACUCCCCUCCCUCACCCACCCCCUUGCUGACAUGCACACGCACUUCCCCUGUGUCGUCCCUCCCUUCGUGCAGGUUUCUGGCUGAGAAGCUACGUUCGUCUUCUCAUGGGUCGUCUGACGGCAAGCCCUCGUCGAGACAGAUACAGGACUUCGCCAAGAAGAACCUCAGCAAAUUCAGGGAGGCGACCGAGCGCUCAUUUGAUCGAUACGACCCCUUGCGAACUGGGGUAGGCAAACGAGGCAAGGCGGACGGGAGACAAACAUGGCAGAGGAGGAGAAUGAUGUGCCUGUAUGGGUCUCUCUCUGUAGUACCUGGAUCGUGCUGCGUUCGAGCAGUGGGCAUCCCAGGACCGGACAAUCAGCGCCAAGUAUGGGAGCCACGCCAUGCAGGUGCGUGAGCCAAAGAGGGAGGGAGAAAGCCAACAGGCUGAUCGAUAUCUCCCCUGUUGUCCUUACUUUGGUGUGCCAGGUAGCUGUGACGUUUCUGAAUAUCGAGAAGCCGCCUCUGUAUCCGAGCCUGUAGUCGGUCGGUCGAUCUGUGUGUCGACUUAUGCAUUGUAUGACGCCAUUGUCUCUUGGAGCGUCGUGCCAGACAUACAUGGCAUUCAUGUAAUAUGCGAUGAAUCCAUCAGUCGUCUGUAUCAUAUAUAUGUACACACCUCACUGGUCC